UUGAAUCCCAACGCCCCUUUUUUUCUCGCCGGAGAAUCGAAUUCCUGCCGCGAAAUCUCACCGGAAAAAUGAGGCGGCCGUCCUACUCCACUUCGCCGAUCAAUUUCAGCGCUAUGACGCGGAAGGUCGACGUCGACAAUCGGAUCUCUCUCCGCAAUUACUAUCGUAUCGCCGAUAAUAUCCUCAAACAGGCAAAUAUCUAUAGGGAGGAAAAAAACUUGAUCGACUUGUAUGUUAUACUGCUAAGAUAUUCAAGUUUGGUGUCAGAGACUAUUCCAUACCAUAAAGAUUACCAAGUUUUGUGUUCCAAAGAAAGAUCUUUCUAUAAGAAGAAAUUGCUUGCUGUGCUAGAUGAGCUGGAGGCUUUAAAGCCGAAAGUGCGUCUUCAGUUAGAUGAACAGAAAACAUUUAGCACUAAUACUCAGAUGCAUCAGCUUGAUGGUCCGACUAGUGUUUCCUACACGCCUUCAGUAAAUAACAAAGCCUCCUUAAACUACAGUAGCAAGCAGAUGUCACAACAGAUUACUGCGCCUUCAUCUUCAUUGAAGCAGAAUAAUGAUUAUGCUAGAUUUUCUUCACCAAAACCUGUUGAGUCUCAAUUCCAGAAGAUGUCUCUUGGUUUACCUCUUCCAAAGCAGGAAACAUUAUCCAGGCAUUCAUUAUUAGGACCAACCGGUCUACUUGGUCAAUGGCUUGGUCCAAGGGCUGAGGUUAAGGUUAAUUAUCCCACUAAUAUUGUUGUGGAUACUACAGAAUUCUCAAGUCUGAAUCAGGUUGGGCAACAAGAACUAGUGGCAGCGAAUGAUGGUGAUUCAAAUGCAGAAAAGUCAACAAUAGAAUCUGUGCUAUCGUUGGAUGAUGGCAGAUGGCUUGCCGAGGAAUCUGGUCCUCUCCAAGGGAAUGUGGAGAACAAUGAUUUUCAGUUGGGAAAUAUCAGGCAACCUUCUCCACCUCCUGUCCUAGCACAAGUGAUGCCCGAACAUCGUCACAUAUCUCCAUCAAGAGUUGCUGAUCCAAGACCAGGACCAGCAAAUUUUUCUCAGGAUGGCUUGCCCAGUUCCAAUUCUUACCAAGAUCUUCACAUUCCAGUGAAGAUACUUGAUGAUUUCUUGCGGUUGGCACGAGAAAAUACUAAAAGGAAUUUGGAGACGUGUGGUGUUCUUGCUGGUUCACUUAAGAAUAGAGUAUUUCAUAUUACGACGCUCAUUGUCCCAAAGCAGGAAUCAACUUCAGACUCGUGUCAAACUUUGAAUGAAGAAGAGAUUUUUGAUGUUCAAGACAAACGCUCCCUUUUUCCUCUUGGAUGGAUUCACACACAUCCAACACAAACGUGCUUUAUGUCUUCCGUUGAUCUUCACACUCAUUAUUCAUACCAGGUCAUGUUGCCAGAAGCAAUUGCAAUUGUUAUGGCUCCUACAGACACACAAAGCCCUCAUGGCAUCUUCCAUCUCUCCGACCCUGGUGGUGUCUCUGUGAUUCGAAACUGCCAGCAGCGUGGGUUCCAUCCUCAUGAAGAGGCUGAUGACGGAAGCCCUAUCUACGAGCAUUGCUCCCAUGUUUAUAUGAAUGCCAAGUUGAAGUUUGACGUGGUCGAUCUUCGUUGAACGUGUAUAAUUUCAGAGACUGUAUAGGUUCAUUAUUUCUGAAUUUUGUAAACUAGAUCACCUAUUACUUGAAUAUCUAUUACCUCGGUUAUGAUGGGUAGUUGAUGCUGCUAAUGAUUUUCGACCGUAUCGAGUUUCGGUUUUCAUGAGAAAUUAGGCACGUGCACGCCAUGCCCUCUGCUGUAAUUAUCACGACUAUUGUCUCUAAUUGCAUUUUCUUCUAUGAUUUUGUUGAUA